CGCUGAUGUAUCCGGUAACCUGACAAUUCAAUCCGGAGCGGAAGGGAUUGGUAGUCGCUCUACCGUGCGCUCUAUCCACCGGUGGCGAUCGCGCUCCGACAUCUGAGAGGGAGUGAAUCUGUCGAGACAGUAGUGAGCGAGUAGCGAGCACCAAUCGACCCGGCAUGGGCGAUUCCUUGGAUGGCUCCGGGGAACCGUCCCCGGAGUCGCAGAAUGUCGCGAUCGUCGAGUUCCCGACGUUCGCCAGCUACUUGCGCAAGGCCGUCACUGUGCUGCUGCCGGACGAGGACGUGGUGCCACCCGCGUUCAACCUGGCGCUCGAGGACCGCUAUAAUCAGGAUUGCAUCCGCAAGUUUCUCGGCGACUCGCAGGUCAACUCGCUCUACGUGCAGAGGAGCUCGAGCAAAGAGGAAGAUAGUGGCGAAGGAGAUGAAGACAAGGAGAAUGCGACAUAUUAUAUAUCAAAUGAGAUACACUUUUCAAAUCCAAAAAUGGCCUCCCUAGUUUUAACGAAGCGUGGAAUUGUCAUCGAGGCUGAUAAAUCUAUUCACUCUCAAGUGCGCUUGAUCACUUUCUCUGACGGGCCACCGUACGAAACUCUGCAUGCGAUAAGCAAAACCAUGGCACCCUAUUUCAAGAGUUACGUCAAGGAAACAGGUCGUGCCCAUAGAGAUGGGGAUAAAAUGGUGCCGUUAGUGGAGAAGAAGAUUGCGGAGCUUGAGAUGGGACUGCUACAUCUACAGCAGAAUAUUGAUAUUCCUGAAAUUUCAUUGCCUGUUCACCCGAUUGUCGCACAAGUUAUUAAACAGUGCGAAGAGGAGGGUCGUAAGCCAAAAGUCGCCGAUUUCGGCGAUAAGGUUGAGGAUUCAACAUUCCUGAACCAAUUGCAAAAUGGUGUGAACAGAUGGAUAAAAGAGAUUCAAAAAGUAACCAAGUUAAAUCGCGACCCAGAAUCGGGUACGGCCCUUCAAGAAAUAUCAUUCUGGUUAAAUCUCGAGAGAGCGUUGCAUCGCAUUCAAGAGAAGCGCGAGAGCAUCGAGAUCUCAUUGACACUCGAUAUACUCAAGCACGGUAAGCGGUUCCAUGCCACCGUCAGUUUCGACACCGAUACCGGCUUGAAACAAGCGCUAGCCACAGUUAACGAUUACAAUCCGUUGAUGAAAGAUUUUCCGAUUAACGAUCUGCUGUCGGCCACCGAAUUGGAACGAAUACGUAGCAGUGUACAGCAAAUUUUUAUGCAUUUAAGGAAGAUCAGAAGCACGAAAUAUCCUAUUCAGAGAGUACUGAGAUUGGUGGAAGCCAUUUCGAGGGAUUUGGGACAACAGUUACUCAAGGUGUUGGGUACACGACGAUUAAUGCACAUUCCGUUCGAUGAUUUUGAGAAAGUUAUGGCUCAAUGCUUUGAGGUGUUUACCACUUGGGAUGACGAAUAUGACAAGCUCACGGGACUGUUGAGAGAUGUCGUGAAGAAGAAACGUGACGAACAUAUGAAAAUGGUAUGGAGGGUAUUACCGGCGCAUAAGAAGCUGCAGUCGAGAAUGGAGCACAUGCGCCGCUUCCGGCGACAGCACGAGCAAUUGAGAACGGUAAUAGUCCGUGUGCUCAGACCUACCAUACGUCAGAAUAGCAAUAAUUCCACAAUAGAGAACGCCGAUAAUGACAAUGUGAAAGUAGAAUUUGCAUUGGAUGCUGCUGACGCCAAUGCUAUUAGCGAAGUUAACUUGGCGUACGAGAACGUGAAAGAGGUGGAUUGCCUGGACAUCACGAAGGAAGGACAAGAAUCCUGGGAUGCUGCUGUGCACAGAUACGAGGAACGUAUUGAGCGCGUGGAGGCGCGGAUCACGGCACAUCUCCGAGAUCAAUUGGGCACAGCCAAGAACGCGAAUGAAAUGUUUAGGAUAUUUUCAAGAUUUAAUGCGCUUUUUGUACGGCCGCAUAUUCGAGGUGCUAUUAGAGAAUACCAGACGCAACUUAUACAAAGAGUCAAAGAUGAUAUCGAAGCACUGCAUGAAAAGUUUAAGGUUCAAUACGCGCAGAGUAAAUGCUGCAGAAUGAGUAUGGUGAGAGAUUUGCCACCCGUAGCUGGAUCGAUAAUAUGGGUCAAACAAAUCGAUUACCAAUUGACAAUGUAUUUGAAACGCGUCGAAGAUGUCCUAGGCAAGGGAUGGGAAAGUCAUAUCGAAGGUCAAAAAUUAAAAGCCGACGGAGAUAGCUUCCGUAUGAAAUUGUCAACGCAAGAAAUUUUUGAUGACUGGGCACGCAAGGUACAGGCGCGAAAUCUCGGCGUGACUGGGCGUAUCUUCACUAUUGAGAGCGUGCGUUCAAGGACCGGACGCGGCAAUGUGUUAAAACUAAAAGUAAAUUUCCUUCCUGAGAUUAUUACGUUGUCCAAAGAAGUGAGAAACCUGAGGAAUCUCGGAUUUCGCGUGCCUCUACCUAUUGUGAAUAAGGCUCACCAGGCUAAUCAGUUGUAUCCCUUUGCCAUCAGUCUCAUUGAGAGUAUCAGAACUUAUGAGAGAACAUUGGAAAAGCUUACCAAUCGGAGUCCCCAUUGUCCCGCAUUAAAGAUCGAGGACAAGGCCAGUAUUAUACCCUUGGUCGCUGGUAUGCGUAAAGAUGUUUUAUCAUUGAUCUCCGAGGGUAUUGCGUUAGUUUGGGAAAGCUACAAACUCGAUCAAUACGUGCAGCGUUUAUCGGAUGCUGUCGUAUCGUUCCAAGAAAGGGUAGAAGAUCUUUUGGUUGUGGAAGAGCAAUUAGAUGUUGACGUUCGUUCUCUCGAAACGUGUCCGUACUCCGCAAAUACAUUCGCUGAUAUAUUGUCCAAGAUACAGAAAUCUGUAGAUGAAUUAUCUUUGAAGAAUUAUUCGAAUUUACAUAUCUGGGUAGCGAGACUCGAUGAAGAAGUGGAGAAAAAUUUGGCUGCCAGAUUAGAAGCUGGAAUAAAAGCAUGGACCGAUGCGCUCACUGGUCAUAAAAAAGAAGUGGAUUUAAGUAUGGAUACAGAUGCUCCCGCACAACCGACACACAAACCUGGCGGUGAUCCUAAAAUUCAGAAUCAGAUCCAUGAAGUCCGAAUUACCAACCAAACUAUGUAUUUAUAUCCCAGUAUCGAAGACGCAAGAUUCCAGAUAAUGCAACAGUUAUUUGCGUGGCAAGCAAUUGUUACAUCACAGAUCCGUCUGCAAAGCUCGAGAUAUCAAGUUGGAUUGGAUAAACCUGAAUCAGGCACAUAUAGAAAUUUGCUUACAAAAUUACCCUCCGGAAAGCAACCACUGGAAGCAGCAUAUGAAGCAGUAGAAUUCAAAAUGAAGGAUGUUGCGGAUUACGUUGAUCAAUGGCUGCGCUAUCAAGCACUCUGGGAUCUACAACCAGGCAAUCUUUAUGGCAAAUUGGGUGAAAAUAUUAAUUUAUGGAUGAAGUGCCUCAAUGAUAUAAAAAAGACAAGAACCACGUUUGAUACUUCCGACACGAGACGUGAAUUUGGACCUGUAAUCAUAGAUUUUGCAAAAGUGCAGAGUAAAGUAUCCUUAAAAUAUGAUUCGUGGCAUAAAGAAACUUUGGGUAAAUUUGGAACGCUUCUGGGUAACGAAAUGGCAAGUUUUCAUGCUCAAGUAUCGAAAUCUAGAAGCGAUUUAGAACAACAGUCCAUUGAAGCAGCUAGCACUUCUGAUGCAGUCGGUUUUAUAACAUACGUGCAGUCUCUGAAGCGCAAAAUGAAAGCAUGGGAAAAACAAGUAGAUAUAUAUCGCGAAGGUCAAAGGAUACUCGAACGUCAGAGAUUUCAAUUCCCAUCUUCUUGGUUACAUGUAGAUAAUAUAGAGGGAGAAUGGGGUGCAUUUAAUGAAAUUAUUAAACGCAAGGAUACCAGUAUUCAAACUCAAGUGGCAUCUUUACAAAUGAAAAUCGUUGCUGAGGAUAAGGCGGUUGAAACGAGAACCACCGACUUCCUCAGUGACUGGGAAAGAGGCAAACCGGUGGAAGGCCAUUUACGACCGGAUGAUGCCUUGCAACAGCUGCAGUUGUUUGAAAGUAAAUUUGCUAGGCUCAAAGAGGAGAGAGAUAACGUAGCCAAGGCUAAAGAAGCAUUAGAAUUGCAAGAGCCAGGCGGAAUAUCAACCAGCGAAGACAGAAUGCAAGUAGUGUUUGAAGAAUUGCAAGACUUGAGAGGAGUUUGGUCGGAAUUGUCAAGAAUAUGGGCUCAGAUUGACGAAACACGUGAGAAACCUUGGCUUUCUGUACAACCGCGAAAACUGCGGCAGCAAUUGGAUACAAUGAUGGCGCAAUUGAAGGAACUUCCAGCACGAUUAAGGCAAUAUUCGUCGUACGAGUAUGUGAAGAAGAUGUUACAAAGUUAUACGAAAGUGAACAUGUUGAUUGUAGAAUUGAAAUCCGACGCGCUCAAAGAAAGGCACUGGAAACAAUUAACAAAGCAACUUCGAGUGAACUGGGUAUUGAGUGAGCUUACUCUCGGUCAAGUCUGGGAUGUAAAUCUUCAAAAAAAUGAGAGUAUAGUUAAAGAUAUUAUCCUUGUGGCUCAGGGCGAAAUGGCACUCGAGGAAUUCUUGAAGCAAGUACGCGAAUCAUGGCAAACAUAUGAAUUAGAUUUGAUAAACUACCAAAAUAAAUGCAGACUUAUACGUGGUUGGGAUGAUUUAUUCAAUAAGGUAAAAGAACAUAUAAAUUCAGUGGCAGCUAUGAAGUUAUCGCCAUAUUACAAAGUAUUUGAGGAAGAAGCUUUAACUUGGGAAGAAAAGUUAAAUAGGAUCAAUGCUCUAUUCGAUGUGUGGAUAGAUGUACAACGGCGAUGGGUCUAUCUCGAAGGCAUCUUUUCUGGUAGCGCAGAUAUCAAGACACUAUUGCCGGUAGAAACAUCGCGUUUCCAAAGUAUUAGUUCCGAAUUCCUGGGACUGAUGAAGAAAGUAUCCAAAUCUCCUAUGGUCACAGAUGUUUUGAACAUUCCUGGUGUUCAAAGGGCGCUCGAACGUCUUGCCGAUCUUCUCGGCAAAAUACAAAAGGCAUUGGGAGAGUAUUUGGAAAGAGAACGAACAUCUUUUCCACGAUUUUACUUUGUUGGCGAUGAGGAUUUAUUAGAGAUUAUUGGUAACAGUAAAAAUAUCGCAAGGUUGCAGAAGCACUUUAAGAAAAUGUUUGCUGGUGUAGCUGCUAUUCUCUUGAAUGAAGAUAAUACAGUUAUUACCGGUGUUGCUUCACGCGAGGGUGAAGAAGUUAUAUUCCAGAAUCCAGUAUCUACAGUCGACCACCCCAAAAUCAACGAAUGGUUGACGCUUGUGGAAAAGGAAAUGCGCGUGACUCUUGCCUCGAGCCUCGCAAAAGCGGUGCAGGAUAUUAAACAGUUUAAGGAUGGAAAUAUAAAUCAACAAGCAUUCAUGUCAUGGUGCGACAAUUACCAAGCCCAGAUAAUAGUUCUAGCUGCACAGAUCUUAUGGUCAGAAGAUGUAGAAGCGGCAUUACAUGAAGCGCAAGCAGACCCGAACAAGAAUUCGCUGGAAAGAGUACUAGUGCAAGUGGAAGGUACAUUGAACGUCUUAGCUGAUUCUGUUCUUCAGGAACAGCCCCCUUUAAGGAGAAAGAAGUUGGAACAUUUGAUUAAUGAAUUUGUGCACAAGCGCACCGUUACCAGACGAUUGAUCGCUAACAGAGUUUCGAAUCCAAAGGCUUUCGAAUGGCUGUGCGAAAUGAGAUUUUACUUUGAUCCUAGGCAAACGGAAGAACUUCAGCAACUUACGAUACAUAUGGCGAAUGCUAAAUUCUUCUAUGGAUUUGAAUAUUUGGGAGUACAAGAUAGAUUGGUGCAGACACCGUUGACCGAUAGAUGCUACUUAACAAUGACGCAAGCAUUAGAAGCUCGACUUGGUGGAUCACCGUUCGGGCCGGCUGGCACAGGAAAGACUGAAUCUGUGAAAGCAUUAGGCCAUCAGCUUGGAAGAUUUGUAUUGGUAUUUAAUUGCGAUGAGACGUUCGAUUUUCAGGCUAUGGGUCGUAUAUUUGUUGGACUCUGUCAAGUGGGUGCGUGGGGUUGUUUCGACGAGUUCAACCGUUUGGAAGAACGUAUGUUGUCUGCUGUCUCUCAGCAAGUGCAGACGAUUCAAGAAGCACUUAAAAGCCAAAUGGAAGGCAAGAAAGAAGGAACUCUCUGUGUCGAAUUGGUUGGAAAACAAGUCAAAGUCUCCACGGAUAUGGCUAUAUUCAUCACCAUGAAUCCCGGUUAUGCCGGACGUUCCAAUCUACCUGACAACUUAAAGAAGCUUUUCAGAUCUCUUGCUAUGACCACACCUGACCGGCAACUGAUUGCCGAAGUAAUGCUUUUCAGUCAAGGUUUCCGAUCUGCGGAAAAACUAGCAUGUAAAAUUGUACCAUUCUUCAAACUUUGUGACGAACAACUUUCUAAUCAAUCCCAUUACGAUUUUGGAUUACGUGCACUCAAAUCUGUGCUGAUUUCUGCCGGAAAUGUGAAACGCGAUCGUAUACAAAAGAUCAAGGAAGGUAUGCAGAAUCGAGGUGAAACCAAUAUCGACGAAGCCUCGAUUGCUGAAAAUCUGCCCGAACAAGAAAUACUCAUUCAAUCUGUAUGCGAGACAAUGGUUCCUAAAUUAGUUGCCGAAGAUAUUCCAUUGUUAUUCAGUUUACUCAGCGACGUAUUCCCUAACGUGAAUUACACACGCGCGGAAAUGAAGGGAUUAAAAGAUCAAAUCAGGAAAGUUUGUGCCGAGGAAUAUCUAGUGUGCGGCGAAGGAGAUGAACAAGGAGGCGCCUGGCAAGAAAAGGAUUUAAUUGGAGAGACUUGGGUAGAAAAGGUGCUCCAAUUAUAUCAAAUUUGUAACUUAAAUCAUGGAUUAAUGAUGGUCGGCCCGAGUGGAUCUGGUAAAACGACAGCCUGGAAGGUAUUGCUUAAAGCGUUGGAACGAUUCGAAGGUGUAGAAGGCGUUGCCCAUGUGAUUGAUCCCAAAGCGAUUAGCAAAGAAACAUUGUAUGGCGUAUUAGAUCCAAAUACACGCGAAUGGACAGAUGGUCUGUUCACGCAUAUACUGAGGAAGAUAAUUGAUAACGUAAGAGGUGAAAUCAACAAGCGACAAUGGAUUAUAUUCGAUGGAGACGUUGAUCCGGAAUGGGUUGAAAAUUUGAAUUCUGUAUUGGAUGACAACAAGCUUCUUACUUUACCCAAUGGUGAACGUCUGAGCCUACCACCGAAUGUAAGAGUUAUGUUUGAAGUGCAAGAUUUGAAAUAUGCUACUUUAGCCACUGUAUCGCGUUGCGGUAUGGUUUGGUUUUCGGAAGACGUGCUGUCGACGGAAAUGAUAUUCGAAAACUAUAUGCUACGUUUACGAAAUAUCCCAUUGGAGGAUGGUGAGGAGGAUAAUCUUGGAAAAAAAGCUGCGGAAAAAGAAGAUACUUUAUCGCCCGCGUUAUCAGUGCAGAGAGAAGUCGCCAGCAUUAUGCAGAGUUAUUUCGCGCCCGAUGGUUUAGUAGUGAGAUGUUUAGAAUACGCCAUGAAACAAGAACACAUAAUGGACUUCACGCGUUUGCGAGCUCUUAGUUCCCUGUUUUCCAUGUUAAAUCAAGCUGUCCGUAAUGUACUGCAGUAUAAUCAUUCUCACAUUGAUUUUCCCUUACCGAGCGAGCAACUGGAACGUUACAUGCCCAAGUGUUUGGUUUACGCGCUUCUGUGGAGUUUCGCGGGAGAUGCUAAAUUAAAAGUUAGAUCCGACUUGGGUGACUUUAUUAGAUCUAUCACAACUGUACCUUUACCGUCUCAAAAUAAUAUACCUAUUAUAGACUUUGAAGUGAACAUACAUGGCGAAUGGUUACCUUGGAGCAACAAAGUUCCUCAGAUUGAAGUGGAGACUCACAAGGUAGCUAGUCCGGAUAUUGUUGUGCCAACUUUAGAUACUGUAAGGCACGAGAGUCUGCUAUAUACUUGGCUGGCUGAACAUAAGCCUCUAGUACUCUGUGGACCACCCGGAUCUGGUAAAACCAUGACGCUAUUUUCUGCUUUACGAGCGUUACCGGACAUGGAAGUGGUUGGACUUAAUUUCUCUUCCGCGACGACACCCGAAUUGUUGCUCAAAACGUUUGACCACUACUGCGAAUAUCGUAAAACGCCUAACGGUGUCGUGCUCUCCCCAGUACAAUUGGGCAAGUGGUUGGUUUUGUUCUGUGACGAGAUUAAUUUACCCGAUAUGGAUAAUUACGGGACGCAACGUGUGAUCUCGUUCUUGAGGCAAUUGGUAGAACAUAAAGGUUUUUAUAGAACCAGUGACCAGGCAUGGGUUACUCUGGAAAGGAUUCAGUUUGUUGGUGCCUGUAAUCCACCUACAGAUCCUGGUAGGAAACCUCUCAGUCACAGAUUCCUGCGUCACGUACCCGUUAUUUAUGUUGAUUAUCCAGGAGAAACUUCACUUAAACAAAUUUAUGGCACAUUUACGCGUGCCAUGCUUAGAUUGACGCCUAAUCUAAGAGGUUACGCAGAACCAUUGACGAAUGCAAUGGUGGAGUUCUACCUGGCCUCUCAGGAGAGAUUUACUCAAGAUAUGCAACCGCAUUAUGUAUAUUCUCCACGUGAAAUGACACGUUGGGUGCGUGGCAUUUGUGAAGCUAUUAGACCGCUCGAUAAUCUUUCCGUGGAAGGUUUAGUGCGUUUAUGGGCCCAUGAGGCUCUUCGUCUAUUCCAAGACAGAUUGGUAGAGGAAUCUGAGAGAGCCUGGACAAACAAGAACAUAGAUACUGUGGCUCUAAAGCACUUUAUGUCGGUUGAUAGAGAGAAAGCGCUGGCCAGACCAAUCUUAUAUAGUAACUGGUUGUCGAAGGAUUAUGUACCAGUGAAUAGGGAAGAGCUGAGAGAUUAUGUUCGAGCAAGGUUGAAAGUGUUCUAUGAGGAAGAAUUAGAUGUACCGCUGGUACUCUUUGAUGAGGUUCUCGAACAUGUCCUACGAAUUGAUAGAAUUUUCCGACAGCCUCAAGGACACUUGUUGCUUAUUGGUGUCUCUGGUGCUGGAAAGACCACUCUGUCGAGAUUCGUUGCAUGGAUGAAUGGUUUGUCUAUCUUCCAAAUUAAGGUACAUAAUAAAUAUACCGGCGAAGAUUUUGAUGAAGAUUUAAGACAAGUAUUACGACGAUCCGGUUGCAAAGACGAAAAGAUAGCUUUUAUUCUCGACGAGUCUAACGUGUUGGAUUCUGGUUUCCUGGAACGUAUGAACACGCUGCUCGCCAAUGGAGAAGUACCCGGAUUAUUCGAGGGUGAUGAGUACACUACGCUCAUGACGCAGUGUAAGGAAGGAGCUCAGCGAGAGGGUCUGAUGUUAGAUUCCAAUGAAGAAUUGUACAAAUGGUUCACGGGCCAAGUGAUGAAAAAUCUGCAUGUCGUUUUCACAAUGAAUCCAAAUACAGAUGGCCUGAAAGAUCGCGCGGCAACGUCACCUGCAUUAUUCAACAGAUGCGUGUUGAAUUGGUUUGGCGAUUGGUCAGACAACGCGUUGUUCCAGGUUGGCAAAGAGUUCACUAAUCGCGUCGACUUGGAGAGACCCACAUGGAAAUGUCCAGACUUCUUCCCGUCUGUGUGCUCGAUACCGUCCUCGCAACCGUCACAUCGAGACGCCGUAAUAAAUGCGUGUGUUUACGUUCAUCAGACUUUACACAAAGCAAAUGCGCGGUUGGCUAAAAGAGGUGCCAGAACAAUGGCGAUUACACCGCGGCAUUACUUAGACUUUAUUAAUCACUUUGUCAAGUUAUAUCAAGAAAAGAGAAGCGAUUUGGAAGAACAGCAGUUACAUCUAAAUGUUGGUUUGAGUAAAAUUGCUGAGACGGUAGAACAAGUAGAGGAAAUGCAAAAGAGCUUAGCUGUUAAAUCUCAGGAACUGCAAGCUAAAAAUGAAGCUGCUAAUGCGAAAUUAAGACAAAUGGUUAAAGACCAACAAGAAGCCGAGAAGAAAAAGGUGCAAAGUCAAGAAAUUCAACAACAAUUGGCUAUUCAAACGGUAGCUAUUAAUCAAAAAAGAGAUGAUGUUAUGGCGGAUCUUGCUCUGGUAGAACCAGCCGUGAUUGAUGCUCAAAAUGCUGUGAAAUCGAUAAAGAAACAGCAUUUAGUCGAGGUUCGCUCCAUGGCGAAUCCGCCAGCGAUUGUAAAAGUCGCAUUGGAAUCUAUCUGUUUGUUGCUCGGCGAAAAUGCCAGCGAUUGGAAAUCUAUCCGCGCGGUCAUCAUGAGGGACAAUUUUAUCAAUACUAUUGUCUCUAAUUUCAGUACUGAGGACAUUACUGAUGAGGUGAGAGAAAAAAUGAAGAGCCGCUAUUUGAGCAAUCCCGAUUAUAAUUUUGAAAAAGUAAAUCGCGCCAGCUUAGCUUGUGGUCCUAUGGUAAAAUGGGCCAUAGCACAGAUCGAAUAUGCCGACAUGUUGAAACGAGUUGAACCAUUACGCGAUGAGCUUUAUUCUCUGGAGCGACAAGCGGAAACUAACAAAUUAAAGGGCGAAGAAGUGAAAAACUUAAUUGCUCAAUUGGAACAGAGUAUAGCGUCAUACAAAGAAGAGUAUGCUCAACUUAUCUCACAAGCGCAAGCAAUCAAAGCCGAUCUGGAAAGCGUACAAGCCAAAGUAGACAGAUCGAUCGCUUUGUUAAAGUCCUUGGUUAUUGAAAGGGAAAGAUGGGAAGCAACGAGCGAAACAUUUAAGAGUCAAAUGUCUACGAUAAUCGGAGAUGUUCUGUUAUCUUCCGCUUUCUUGGCUUACGCUGGUUAUUUCGAUCAACAUUAUCGUCAAAAUCUGUUUACCACGUGGUGUCAACACUUGCAACACGCAAACUUGCAAUUCAGACCUGAUAUCGCAAGAACAGAAUAUUUGUCCAAUCCAGAUGAGCGUUUAAGAUGGCAGGCGAACGCGUUACCGACCGACGAUUUGUGUACCGAGAAUGCGAUUAUGUUGAAACGUUUCAAUAGGUAUCCAUUAAUCAUCGAUCCAUCUGGUCAGGCGACAGAAUUCAUUAUGAACGAGUUUAAGGACCGGAAGAUUACAAAAACCAGUUUCUUAGACGAUUCCUUCAGAAAGAAUCUCGAAAGCGCUCUACGAUUCGGUAAUCCUCUUCUGGUUCAAGACGUAGAGAAUUAUGAUCCUAUAUUAAAUCCCGUAUUGAAUCGAGAAUUGAGGCGAACGGGCGGACGCGUGCUAAUUACGCUCGGCGAUCAAGAUAUAGAUCUUUCGCCUUCUUUCGUUAUCUUUUUGUCAACGAGAGACCCGACGGUAGAAUUCCCGCCGGAUAUCUGUUCACGUGUGACGUUUGUUAAUUUCACCGUUACUAGAAGUUCUCUACAGAGCCAAUGCUUAAAUCAGGUACUGAAGGCCGAACGUCCAGACAUCGAUGAAAAGAGAUCUGAUUUACUCAAACUUCAAGGAGAGUUCCAUCUGAGAUUGAGACAGCUCGAGAAAUCUCUGCUGCAAGCAUUGAACGAUGCCAAAGGCAAGAUCCUCGAUGAUGAUUCUGUGAUCACCACUCUUGAGACUUUAAAACAGGAAGCCGCCGAGAUUAGCAAGAAGGUAGAGGAAACGGACAAGGUCAUAGCGGAAAUCGAAACUGUCUCACAGCAAUACAUGCCUUUGUCUCAAGCAUGUUCAAACAUGUACUUCACGAUGGACAGUCUCAAUCAAGUACACUUCCUAUAUCAGUAUUCGCUAAAAAUGUUCCUGGACAUCUUCACGUCAGUGUUGUCUCAAAAUCCAAAGUUGUCCGGCAUGUCGGAUUAUGGUCAGCGACUUACACAAAUCACGCGCGAUCUAUUUGCCGUCUGUUAUGAACGAGUUGCUCGAGGAAUGCUGCAUACCGAUAGACUAACAUUUGCUCUGCUACUCUGUCGUAUUCAUUUGAAAGGUAUACCCACGGAAUCCACUUAUGACAGCGAGUUCACAUUCUUUUUGCGCGGCAAGGAAGGUGUGCUUAACAUUCGAGCCCCUCCGGUAUCUAAUCUCAGCUCGGAGCAGCAGGAGGCGAUGAUGCGCCUGAGCAUCAGACUACCCGCUUUCAAAAAACUUGCGGAAAAAAUCCAGGAAAAUUCAGAAUUUGGUGCGUGGCUACAGUCACCCACUCCUGAGACGUGCGUGCCGAAGCUCUGGGACGAAGAGAAACCGCUAUCGCCUACGGGAACGUCGAUGCAUCAGUUGCUGAUAAUACAAGCGUUCCGACCGGAUCGUGUGAUUGCGGCCGCAUCUUUAGUAGUGGCUUCCGCUUUCAAUGAGUCUUUCAUGCCAGCCGCGGAAGCUGAACUUGACUUUGCAUCUGUCGUAGAAGAUCAACUGAAGGCGACUGUACCAGCUUUACUGUGCUCAGUGCCGGGCUUCGAUGCUUCGGGUAGAGUGGAUGAUCUAGCUGCGGAAUUAGGUAAGCAAAUAGCCAGUAUCGCUAUCGGAUCAGCAGAAGGAUUCAAUCAAGCCGAUCGAGCUAUAAACAUGGCUGUGAAGGCCGGUAGAUGGGUACUGUUGAAGAACGUACAUCUUGCUCCGCAAUGGUUGGUGCAGUUAGAAAAGAAACUGCACAGUCUUCAGCCACACACUAGCUUCCGAUUGUUCCUAACAAUGGAAAUUAAUCCUAAAGUACCGGUGAAUUUACUGAGAGCCGGUAGGAUCUUUGUGUUUGAACCGCCUCCUGGCAUACGAGCGAAUUUAUUGCGUACAUUCAGCACCGUACCCGCUUCGAGGAUGAUGCGAGCGCCUAAUGAAAGGGCCCGUCUCUACUUUCUGCUCGCGUGGUUCCACGCAAUUGUGCAGGAACGUCUACGUUAUGCGCCAUUGGGCUGGGCUAAGCAUUAUGAAUUCAACGAGAGUGAUCUGAGAGUCGCCUGUGACACCUUGGACACAUGGAUUGAAGCCACGGCUAUGGGCAGAACGAAUUUACCACCAGAAAAGGUACCUUGGGAUGCCUUGGUGACUCUUCUUUCUCAGUGUAUCUAUGGCGGUAAGAUUGACAACGACUUUGAUCAACGUCUCCUGGCUUCUUUCCUGCGCAAGCUCUUUACCCCGCGCUCAUUUGAAGCUGACUUUGCUCUGGUAGCCAAUAUCGAUGGCGCGCAAGGAAAUCAAAGACACAUCACGAUGCCAGACGGUACCAGGCGUGAUCACUUUUUGAAGUGGAUUGAGUCUCUUUCGGAUAGACAGACACCUUCUUGGCUUGGCCUGCCAAAUAACGCAGAAAAGGUACUUUUAACUACGAGAGGAACUGAUUUGGUCUCCAAACUUCUUAAAAUGCAACAAUUAGAGGAUGAAGAUGAAUUAGCAUAUUCGAACGAGGAAUCUUUGGAUACACCAAGGGAAGCUGAAGCGGAUGGUCGACCAUCAUGGAUGAGAACUCUGCACAAUUCGGCCUCUACUUGGUUACAAUUACUUCCAAAGAAUCUACCGACUUUGAAGAGAACAGUUGAAAAUAUCAAAGAUCCAUUGUACAGAUACUUUGAGAGGGAAGUCAAUAGCGGAGCGAAAUUACUUCAAGAUGUUAUUCAUGACUUGGAGGAUGUCGUACUGAUUUGUCAAGGCGAGAAAAAACAGACCAAUUAUCACAGAACGAUGCUAUCCGAGUUAGUCAAGGGUAUUUUGCCCGGUGGUUGGAGAAGAUACACUGUGCCACGAGGUUGCACAGUCAUACAAUGGAUCACCGAUUUUAGUCACAGAGUUUCCCAACUGCAGGAAGUUUCGCGUUUAGUCUCUCAAGGCGGAGCGAAAGAAAUAAAGAGUUUCCCAGUUUGGUUGGGAGGUUUGUUGAAUCCCGAGGCUUAUAUCACUGCGACUAGGCAAUGCAUCGCGCAAGCUAAUAGUUGGUCACUUGAGGAACUGCAGUUAAAUGUAACUAUCGGUGAUGGCGAUAACAUCGCCACAGACGAUUGCUCCUUUGCUGUUACUGGUUUGAAGCUGCAAGGCGCGCAAUGUAAGGAUAAUCAAUUGUAUUUAACUUCGACUAUCAUGACUGAUUUACCAGUCACCAUGCUAAGAUGGGUGCGAUCGUCUAUGGAAGACAUCAGAAAGGGCAAAUUGUCCUUGCCAGUCUAUUUGAACAGCACUCGUACCGAAUUGUUAUUUACUGUCGAUUUGAACAUCGCUCCUAGUCAAGAACCGCACAGUUUUUAUGAAAGGGGGGUCGCUGUCUUAACAUCUACCGCUUUGAAUUAAUAAUUGCUUACUAAUUAAAAUUAUUUAGAACAAAUUGUACCGCUUAUGAAGCAAAAAGUACUAUCACAAAUAUAAUUUAUGAUAUAUUACUGCAUGUUACGUCGUUUGUAAAGAAAAGAAAGCACAGUAACAUGCGAAAUUUGCUAUAAACUUAAAGUAUAAAGAAAUAUAUAUUUUACACUGAAUUAUUUUUAUGUCUCCAAAGGAUUUUAUGCUGAUUGUACAAUUAGAAAUAAAUUUCGACGUAUAGAGCAAUUAAAUGUACAUCAUUCGUUUAUAAGAAUUAACAUUUUCAUGCAGAUAAUUGUAAUAUAUAUAUAGUUUAUUUAAUUUUGUAUAUGUUUAAAUCUAAAAUAUGAUUUUUUUUCUGUAACAGAGAUUAUGUUAAGAUUACGUUUACCCAGAUGUAAGUAUCAAGGUUAUAAAUGUUUAUAACAUCUUAAUGGCAUCUAAUAAAGUCAUAUUAUAACAAAA